AUGUCGACUGCGGCCGCUCCCAUUGUUAUUCCUUCGUCCGACUCUCCCAUGCCAUCCUCCCACCGCCGCAGCAGCAGCAACAUCGUCAUGCCCACUGUGCGCAGUGCCGGCAUCGGCGGCUACAAGAACGUCCAAAUUGACUCCAUGAUUGGUGGACACAUCCGCGAACGCCGCGAUUCCGGUAUGGGCAAGCUCUGCAUGCCGCACCAGUCGCCUAGGUCUGAGCGUCGGUUCUCUUUCAAGCGCGUCAUGUCGUUCAGCAAGCUGCGCCGGGCGUCGGCUCCCGAAACCAACUAA